CACUCAUAAAUUCACCUAAAAAUAGGUACUUCUGAAUUAAAGAUAUUGGUUGUGUCUCUACGUACAAUUCAUGAAAUACUUACACAACUUUCCGAUAUACAUAUAUCUACCUAGUGUUUAUCCAAACAGCAGUAACACGUGGAGGAGGCAACAGGGUGUUUAAUGUUACUAUAGUAAUAUCGAUUUCUGUAAGAUAGUAAACAACUCUACCGUGCUUAGUGUUUACUGCAGUUUGUAAAAAUGGACAAUCCAAAAAAGAAGAAAAAAAGCAUCAAAAGAUACACGAGAAAGACUAUAGCUGGGAUUAAACUACCACCUCUCGAGCCAAUACCAGACAGUGAUAUCAAAACAAUAGUGGAUAUAGAUCCCGCUUUCUACACUUUGAUCGAUGGUCGUCCAAUAAGAACGAACAAAUCGAUACAUCAAUACAAACAUAAUAUCAAGAACGUGGCGUUAAACAGAACUCUCCAUGGAUUUUUAGUAGAUGAAAUUCUCAGGAUUGACAAAGAAAUAGAAACGGAACGAAAUUGUUACGACGCCGCAUAUAAACACUUUGAAGAGUACCAGAACAGUUUUGACAAGUUUCUCGCUGACGAUAAUAAUAAAACUAUUGCUAUAAUGCAGAGGUCGGACGCUUUAGCAAAGGAACUAGCGAAUCAAACGGAAGAAUAUAAGAAAGCAAACUAUGAACUGGCUUCCCUUAAGUCGAAAUUACAAUAUACUGAUGAAACUUUGAUGAUUUUAGUAUCUUUCCAAAAUUUUCUCAAUAAAGCUUCCCCUCUUUUAUGGCAGGAGAGCAAUAGCAUUCAGUUAGACAUAAAGCACCCAGACAUUUUUACAACGGAUUCAGAUAUAUACAAGAAAAUCGAUAUCGAUUUAAUAAGUCGGCGACUCAAAGAGCUACCUUCACCAAAACUUUAUUUCAAGACUCCGGAUCAACUGUUGACUAUCUUUAGCUUGUUGGAAAAGCAAAAUUUAAAUUAUUUAUUGGUCGCAACGGAAUUAAGUUCGGAGAAAAAUAGGUUUCUGAGAACUGUUGAAACUAUGAAACAGAAGCUUCGCCAAGAAUUGGACUUCAUACAAGAAAAGAAUAAAGAGAUUCAAGAUACAAUAAGAUGGAACGAGGACCGCGAAAUGGAGACAAAGGAAGUUUUCUUCAAGAUCUUAAAAGAUAAAAUUAAGGAUUUAGUGUCGUCGGCAACCGUUUUACAGAUUUUCAAUUACGUAGACUUCGCCUAUCAGCAGCUUAUAGCUCCGAAUGACGUUAAAUUGACUUCCUUAGAUAUGGUUCAAGCCUUAGAAAGAGAAUACGAUAAUCUAUCGUUGUCCAUAUCGGCUUAUGACUUAGAUAUGAUAAAACAAAUCGAGAAAGAAACUUAUGAACAUGGAAAUAGGGAGGUCAAGCAAGCGAAAGAAGCAUCCAAGCUUCUUAAAGAUGUCGACAAAUUGUCAAAACGGUUGAAUCAAUCUUAUGAACCUACUAGACGUAAAAUUUACGAAUAAAGUUAAGAGUAGAAUAUAACAUAAGUAUAUAAUCAAAGUCAAGCAGAUUAAGAGAUACGGAAACACUCAGAAUACAUUUUUUUUUUAUAAAGUUCUUUGACUAUUUUAGUCAGUAUUAUGUUCUGGAAAUACUACUUCAAAACUACUCAAUUCUAUUUCAGUAAAUAGUUAUAAUAAUCGAUCACAAAUACUUGAAGUGUUUCUUAUUGGUAAGUACCUACAGGUCAAAUCCUCCGAUUGAAUUGCACACAGAAUUAAGAAGGUAUGUAUGUAUGUAGGAACAUAGACUACAGAUAGUUCUAUCAAUUUCUGACAUUAGACAUUACGAUAGCUUUUACUAUUUUUAUUUACGGUUUGUU